GCCAGCAUCACACAUCUAGUAACUGGUGUUUGAGAGAGACGUCAUAUCAGCAACCAAUAUUCUGAGCCAGAGAAACUGAUGAAGAAUGUGUGCAUCUGGAUGGCCAACCCCGCUUCUGCUGUUUUGCCUGAUCGGCUCAGCUAACUCAUCCCCUGUUUCCAUUCACACACCUGCUCCACCUCUUCCAUCGCAAAUUUCCCCUCCCUUUCCAACAAUCCUCCCACCUCUACCUUCUCAUUCUCUCAGUAUCCCAACCCCCAUCCCUAGCCACAUCAGCAGCUCUGGAGAGUCACCAGAAAAUGUCAGCUGCCCUCUGAUGGUGUCACCCUCCACUCUGGUGGUCAGGUUUGGGGAUCCAGUAACGGCUAACUGCUCUGUACAAAGGAAGGGGUUUCCUCUUCUCGGUUGGGAAGUCUCACUGGCACCUCCCCAAGCCACUGAGAAUCUCUAUGUGGUCUGGAGUGUGGACAGGAUGACUGAGUGGAGCAUCAAACCUAUGUGUUAUGCAUUAACUGAAAAGGAAGGGCAGUGCGACAUUGGUCUCCCUGUAAUAGUCUACAAGCCUCCAGAUAAUGUGUCCAUCAGCUUUGUUAAUGACUCUGGGCCGAUGUUGGAGGGUCAUCAGUACACUCUGCAGUGUACAGUACAGGAUGUUGCUCCUGUUGAAAACCUCACCGUGACCUUCUACAGAGGACAGACAGCACUGGGUCAACUGCAGUCCAACAACACAGAGAAGACACCUGUGAAUGAGACCUUCACUUUAAACAUCAUCCCCAGUAAUGAUGAUAAUGGAGUCCAGUACUGGUGUGAAGCCACGCUCGAACUGGGACCUGAAGGACCACAGCAUCCUCCAGUGGUGAUGUCACAAAAUCUCACUGCCACAGUCCUGUUUGGUCCACAGCUUGUUUGUCCUACAAAAUUAAAGGUGAGAGAGGGAGAGAGCCUCAACUGUGAGGUGAGAGGAAACCCUCAACCAUUCAUCACUUGGUUCAGAGAUGGGCAGGCGGUUGCCCUGCCCACUCACUCAAGGAGAAAGCAUGCGGGGAUAUAUACAGUCUUAGCAAAAGGACUUCUUGGACAGAAAAACUUUACAGUGGAGGUGGACGUCCUUGCGGGCAGUGGAACUGCAAAUAGCUGUAAUAGACAUGUCCUCUUGGCGGUCUUGCUUAUUCAGAUGAUUAACUGACUAAAAACUCGAAAGAACCCAACAUGAUCAAAUUCUUCUUUCAGUGCUGUCUGGAUGAACUGCUACUACUGUGAGAAACGUAGGUCAGAGAUGACUCGAUUGGUCGCUCUCCUCGUUUGCUGAAAUUAAUCAGUUUUGCAUUAGUGUCUUGUGCAUCUUCAUUUUAAAAACAAUGGGUUCUCAUUAGAGAGCUUCUGCCCAGGUACAUUUUCUUAUGUGUUAAACUGAAGUCUCCAUGUAAUCUGCACAAUGGUAAAUGUCUAUCUUUCAGAAGAAGAGUUGCUCUACAGUUAGAAAUUAAGUCUAGUACAACUUACUCAUCAAUAAUCACUGUCAGGCAUGCUUUCUCCCUUGCUUUUUUCCUUUUAAGGAGGAUGUUUAUGAAGUGUCUGAACCCUUUGCUGAACAAUGUAACACUGUUUUCCUGUGUAUGCGUUACAUUUUCUGUAGUGUUAAGAGCUACCCAAGUCUAUAUACCAUUGCAAAGCACCAGGUCUUCUUUAAGGUUAUGUCCCAUCUGCUAAGCAUCAAAAUGCUGAACUAUCUUGUGUCCAACAGCAGUACUUUCAGUUUGGUUGUAAAAGUGUGAAACUGGUAAAGUGCAAGAGUAAAACUUCCCAGUUCUGCUGGCCAGAGUUCAUGCUGAAACCAAAACAUCCUUUAUUUACAGUAGGAAGUAGUGCUUCUGUUAUGAAGGACAAAAGGUAGACAAAUCUCAGUGACAGCUGAGUGACCAACUCUUAAACAUUUUGUUUGAAAAUGUAUGGCCACUUUCACUGUACAUCACCAGAAAAAUGUUAAACGUUUUGGUGUAGUGAAAUAAACUUUAACCUAAUUAAGCUAAAAAAAAAAAAAAAAAAAUGGUUACACAACAUGUAAGCUCUUUAUUAUUUAUUAAUUCAAAGUAAAUCAUUCACAUUUCAAACAAAGCUUUUUAAAUACAGGUAAGUUAAAGAGUCAUUAUCAAAGGUGAUUCUCUGAGUAGAUGGCAGGUUUCUCACAAGGUCACUUCUCUGCUCAGUGGUAAAAGUGCCACCUUUCACAUGUCAAAACUACAAGUAUUACUCCCUUUAGUUUCUUACCCUCUCAGAUGACAUACUCAAAGACACGAUAACAGAAAGCAUGACAAAACAUCUUCAGCGAGAACCACAUCUUGUGGCAGUAGACAAAAAUUCAGAUUGCCAUUUGCUUAUUAACUUUUGCAGAGUAGCUCAUAUCCACUGCUGAUUUUGCAGUCAACUCCUGUGUUUGUUGGACUGGACACAAUGAUUGUAUCUCCAAAAGAAACUGCUCCCAUCUAGAAAGAAAGACUCCCAUCAUUUCCAUCCACUUGACAAAUUGUUUGGGCAAUGUCACUGAUCAUACAAAUGGGUUAUUGGCAUUGAAGCAAAUUAAUAGAUUCUGCAAGGCAUCUUGUGGCCAGGGUCUGAACAUUUCUACUGCAUUUCUUUCAUCUAGAUAGAACACGCGUACACACAGUCUACUGAUACUUGGCAGUAGAAAUAUACAAUAUAUAAUGUCAACUUAAUCUUUGACUACUCCUAAUUUAGGAAUUGCUUUAAAAAAAACAAAAGGAAAACAUAUCUGCCAUGGUGGCAAGUAUUUGGUAUUAUAAUAUCAGGGACAUAUAUCAUCACCAAAUAUGGAUGAUUAUAGUCUUUUUUUAAACAGCUAAAAUAACCUAAUUUGCAUCUAAAAAAAAAAUGAUUCAAGUCUACAAAACAACCUUUGGGCUGUUCUUCGGCAAAAAUAGUAUUGUUUGGUGGUUGUUUCAUUAUGUAUUAAAAAGGAUUAUUGGUGUUCCUUUAAUUGCUUGUAAUAAAACCAUGCAUCUGA